GUCAUAUCCUGCGUAGCAGCCGCUCCAUGGAAAACACUAAAGAGACUAGGAGCCAAUCAUUCAUUCAUCCCAACGGAGUGCAGUCUCUGCCCGUCCCACUGCAGUCCAGCACCUCGGCUGCUGCAGGAGCAUUUCCAGCGUUAACCAAACAUUCUUUGGCUGAAAAGGAAAAGUUAAAGGAGGAUUCCUAAAAUGUGAAGUUGCCCGGCUUCAGGUGACAGUGAGCCAGCAGGAACGGAGACGAUCUGUCGGUGGUGCAGCAGACGUUGUGGUUUAAUAACAAGGAUCAUGUGGGGAGUCUGGCCUUUCCUGCCUGCUCUGGUGCUUCUGUCAGACCUCUCCGUGGAGAAAGUCCAGACGGCGCCAUGUCAAACCUGCAGAAAACUCACUGAAAGCUUCAUUAAGGGAUUAGAAAAAACGGCAAACAAGAACUUUGGUGGCGGCAACACUGCAUGGGAGGAGGAGAAGCUGGCUAAGUACGCACGCAGUGAGACUCGGCUUUUGGAGAUCGUCGAAGCCGCUUGUGAGAAAACAGAUUUUGAAUGUAACCGUCUGCUGGAGCAGAUAGAAGACCAGGUUGAGACGUGGUGGUUCCACAGGCAACAGGAGGCACCGGAUCUGUUUGAGUGGCUCUGCAUUGAGCAGCUAACACUAUGCUGCCCACCUGGACAUUUUGGACCCAACUGCAAAGAGUGCCCGUCUGGACCUGGGGGUGUGUGUGGAGGUCUGGGCCGUUGUGAGGGUGAGGGCACUCGUCUGGGAGAUGGGGAGUGUGUCUGCGACCCGGGUUACUCGGGCCAGCUGUGCCAGAGCUGCGCUGAUGGUUACUUCCGGGAGAAGAGCUCCAACGACAGCUCAGGGGCUUGCUCAGCGUGCUACCACUCCUGUAAGAAAUGCUCAGGGCCACAGGACUACAAGUGCCUCGCCUGCAAACCUGGGUGGAUCCUUCAUGACAACAAGUGUGUGGACAUUGAUGAGUGCGGCACAGAGCUGGCUCGUUGUCCUUCCAACACUUACUGUCACAACAUAGACGGAUCCUAUGAAUGCAGAGGCUGUGACCAGGCGUGUGUGGGCUGCAUGGGCAGCGGUCCUGCUCGCUGUAAGAAAUGUGCGCGUGGCUACAGACUGAAAGGAGCCAAGUGUCUUGAUAUAGAUGAAUGUAGCGAACGCGCAAUAGCGUGCCCCGGACUGAACGAGGCCUGCAUCAACGAGGAGGGCUCCUUCCACUGCGACUGCGCUGAGGGAUUCAUCAGAAGAGACAGCAUUUGUGUGGAGAAUAAGCCACCUGCUGGCCCAGAGAAAGGUCUGUUUGACGACAUGACGGAUGACGAGGUUCUUGUGCUGCAGCAGAUGUUCUUCGGCGUCAUAAUCUGCGCCCUCGCCACACUUGCAGCAAAGGGAGACAUGGUCUUCACGGCCAUUUUUAUUGGAGGAGUGGCUGCUAUGGCUGGAUAUUGGCUGACAGAGAAGGGAGACUACAUGCUGGAAGGAUUUCUGAAGGGACGUUAGGCUGUCUUCACAUGUCUGUGUAACAAAGGGACCUGGGGAUACCAGCCAGGAGAGGUGAAUAAGACUUGACCGAUGGUGGGACGUUAUCUUCAAUGCUAGCCUUUCAGGGAUUAAUCAUGUAAUUUACAAGGGCUUGGAUUAAUUAAUGUAUAACCAACGAAGAGGAUUAUGCAAGAAAAGGUGAAGACUAAUGAUGUCAUGAAUGAAGCAACACUGCACUGAUAUAUAAAAUACCUGAACUUCAUUCCCUACCAUAAGCUUUGCCUGUGUCAGGUUACUGCUAUACUCCAGAUGGUAGCUAUGGGCAUGCAGUUAGAUCAACACUGUCCCCUCAGACUGACCCUAAAUAGAGGAGGUUUCUAUCAUGAGUUUUUUUUGUUGUUGUUUUUCGCUGAAUGACUUUAUAUACCUCUUCCUCUGUGAAUGUGUGUGUGUGACAAUGCAUGUUAUGUUCAUUUGAAAUCAGAAGUACUGCACUGUUUUAAUUUAUUUACUUUAGCAUGAUUGUUUUUACUUUUUUAGCUGCUGGAUUAUUUAUUUAAAUGUAAAAGGAGUGUGUGAGUGCAAUCUGGAUGAUUCAAGCCAAUUACUGUUGCCUUUUUUUAAAGCUAUAUUUAUGUUUGUGAAUAUUCAGUUGUUUGUAUUAUCAAUGCAAACAUUCAGCUGUAAUUCAGAGAUUAUUUUGGAGAGCCAUCACGCUAACACCUCUGAUCCAUUAUUGAUCCUUCUUUACCCGGAGUGGAAUCGUCCACAGGUGUUUGCUUUACAAUAAAAGGAGAUUUUACUUUU